CUUGACGCCCCUCAGGAUUCAGCUAGAAUCGACUCUCACGUACAUUAUGUGAUCAGAGCCAAGAACGUGCUCGAGUCCUGUCACACCCUGUUGAUUGGCUACCCGACCAGGCUCCCCACCUCCGCACCUCAGGCAGACAGGCACAGACUGGCCGUAUCCAUGUUUUGUUCGGCCCAUCCAUCACCUGAACUGACUGCCAACAGCAAACAUGGAAUAACCUCAUCUUAUCCUUAUUCACCUCCUCCCCCCUAACCAACCACCUCCACCAUGUCCUCCCCUUUUCAUCGCCGCCAUUUUCCCGAUUACUUCCUCUCCUCUCCGCUCGCCACCCUCAUCUACCCUCUCCAUCAACUACUCAACCACCUCCGCGGCCCUCCUCACCUCCCCCCUCCCGACGCCCAACCCAUCCGCGUCGUCUGCAUCUCCGACACCCACACCCUAGAAUGGCCCAACAUCCCAGACGCGCCCGCGAAAUCCAAGCCACCGUCGAUUGGCUCCGCACUCUCCCUCAUCCUCACAAAGUCACCCCGCACCCUAACCAUCUACGGCGCGCCCCAAAUUCCGGCCAUCGUGCCCUUCGGUCCCGAACACGCCUUCACCUACCCACCCCACCACGACGCCUGGACCAACACCAUUCCCCCCUCCACCGACAUCCUAAUCACCCACACCCCACCACAAUCGCACCUCGACCUCUCCCCCGUCUUCUCAACAGGCUGUCCCUACCUCCUCUCCGAGCUAUGGCGCGUGCGCCCGACCCUCCACGUCUUCGGACACGUCCACGCCGCAUACGGCAUCGAGCGCGUCUUCUACGAUGAAGCCCAACGAGCAUGGGAGCAACUGUGCGCAUCUCGACGACGUCGGGCACAUAUAUCACGAAUCGGCUCUUUAUUCGGGUUUGUGCGAGAUCUAUUCGAUAUCUCUGGGAUAGUCAACUCAGCAAGAGUACUUGUGUAUGGUGUGUUAGGGGUGGUCUGGGCGAGGGUCUGGGGUGGAGAGAAUAGAGCUUGUGGGUGGGUGGUUAAUGCGGCUUGUAUGUAUAGGGAUUCGGGCCGGUUGAGGAAUAAACCCCAGGUGGUGGUUUUGUAGAUGUUGAUGGUUGGUUGGGUCGGGAUUGUACAUAGUUAGGAGAGUUGUUGUUUGAGUUAGUGAGUGUUGUGGGAGGGAAUGGUGUAUAUAUGGUUCUAGUGUGGAGUACGGCUGAUGAUGGUUCUGUAAGAUUCAAAUUCAUUUUCAUGACAUCUAAUUGGGU